AUGGAAUUAAAUAAAUCAAAACUUCAAAAUGAUGAUAAGAAGGUGGAAAAGGAAAUCUCGAGCAAGGACAGUUCAAGUCCUAGUUCAAAAGGGAUGAGGACUCGGUCAUAUUUUAAACGACCAGCUACACCAAUGGGCGGUGCAACAAGUGACAGUGGUGAGUCAGACUGCUCGCAAAUGUCCGUUGUCUCCCAGAAGUCGGUAUCAAUAACGACACGCGCACGUAAGCGUACUCGGACGACAAUUACAUCUGACCAGGCUUCAAUAGUGAAUUUGCCUGGCUCGGAUAAAGACUCCUUGGAGAAGCUAACCAAGGAGAACGCAGAUCUGCGAGCACAAAUAGCUAGCCUGAAAGAAGCGGUUGUAGAGCUAAAAAACCAGCUUAACACGCUCUCUCAGCAGGGAGGAAAAUCAGAGAUGCAAGCGUCAGCUUUAUUAGGACUAGAUGGUUUUGCAUCGGAUGACGUGGCUCAGCUCCGACGUUCCAUUGCCAUAGAAAUAGGUGGUAUGAUGGACGCGAAAUUAGCUGCUCUAGAAGAUAGGUUGUUGCCAGAGAGGAGGCUACGCCCGGCUCUCGCCUCAGAUGCUAGGACAAUUGUGGUUUCUCCUCCAGUUCAGACGGGGGCGAAAGCCGAUAAGAAGAAAAAGAAAAAGAAAAAGAAAAUUAAGAAAAGCCAAGUAGCUAUACCAGUUGUAACAAUGUCGCCAGCGGUAUCUACACCCACUGUAUCGGUACCGAAUAAACACACUGGGAAUAUGUCUUCCCAGGAAACUUGGUCGCUAGUUGUAGGUCGAAAGGCUAAAAGAGCGAAAGCACCACAACCAGUUAAUUUAUCUCCUCAGACACAGAUCAAUUUGACGCAGAAAAAACAGCGGGUUAAAUUGCCGAAAGUUCCUACUUCCGCAGCGAUUUCUAUAUGCGUGAAAGAGGGAGCGACAGUCGGUCUUGGAGAAGUUAUGUCUGUGGCAAGGAGACAAAUCAAUAUUGUCGAACUGGGUAUAACUCCUGACUUACUGCGGGAGAAACGUGCCGCUGAUGGUGGAAUCGUUCUGAUGAUUUCUGGCGAGGACUCAGCUUCUAAAGCCGAUCGCCUUGCUAAUCGUAUGAGAGAGGUACUUGCUGACUUUGCAGUGGUGAUAAGACGGCCAAUCAAAAUGGCAGAAGCAAGGGUCAUGGAUCUGAACGAUGCCAUAACUCCAGAAGAGGUUGUUGCAGCUAUAGCGAGGGCGGGUGGAUGCUCCGUUGGGGACGUCAAGAUUGGUGAAAUCCGACGACCCCCAACUUCUUUAGGACACGUAUGGGUGCGUGGUCCUCUAACGGCUAUGAAGAAGCUGGCGUCUGACAAGCGCAUGCCACUAGGUUGGACGUCAGUAAGAGUUGAGGUACUAGAGCCACGUCGCAUGAUGUGUUACCGUUGCUUCGAGCCAGGUCACGUUCGGAGUAAGUGCACUAGUACGACGGACCGGAGCAAUCAGUGCUACGCCUGCGGUGGGGCUCACAAAGCUAAUGAGUGUACAUCACCGAAUGUAAGAUGCCCAGUUUGCUCAGAUCAGGGUCGCCAAGCCAACCAUCGUCUGGGAAGCAAGAAAUGCAACCCGCAAAAGAAACGGGCAUCCAACCAGUCUGCCUUGAGAGUUCUCCAGUGCAAUCUGAACCACUGCCGUAGUGCACAAAAUUUAUUUUUGCAAACCAUUGCGGAGUGGUCAGUUGCAUUGGCGGUGGUGGCUGAGCCGUAUGGUCUCCAGGAUCAUCCUCGUUGGUUCCGGGAUACCGUAGAUUCAGUCGCGAUUUACUGGGCUAGUGGAAACGGUGGGCCUCACUGUUGUCUUUUAGACAGGGGACACGGUUUUGUUGCUGUAGAGUGGGGACCAAUAGCUGUAGUGGGCUGCUACGUGUCCCCUAACAUUUCCCUACAGGAAUACGAGGCAUACCUUGAUGGAGUUGCAAACUGCAUCCGGUGCAAAUGCUCACCCCGCCCGGUAUUAGUCCUGGGUGAUUUUAAUGCUCAUUCUAGAGCGUGGGGAAACACACGGGACAGACCAAGGGGACACGCAGUACAAGACUGGGCAGCUUCACUUGAUCUGCGACUCUUAAAUCAAGGAUCUGUUGCCACCUGCGUCAGGUGGCAAGGGGAGUCAAUUGUGGACCUCACAUGGGCGACUCCUUCUCUUGCCUCCAGGGUAUUGCAAUGGAGAGUGGCCGAGGAAAUUGUCACACUUUCCGACCAUCGGCAUAUACUUUUUGACAUAGCACCCAGUCCCACUGAUGGUCGAAGGGUUGCAACUUCUAAUCCACCGGCACGACGUUGGGCCCUCAAAAAGCUCGAUCGAGAAAUGCUCAUCGCAGCUGCCAACAUCGUUGCCUGGCCAGAAAAUAUUUCACAAGGGAUCUCGCCCGAUCCGGAAAGGGAAGCGACCUGGUUUCGGGACAAAAUGGUGUCAAUCUGCUCCGACGUCAGUUUCAGCGUACCCGACGCAGAAGACAACGGAGUGCCACUGAAGAUGAAAUUACCAGAGCUUACAGAGCCUACCGAGAGGCAACCAUGGCGCUCCAACAUGCCAUUGCGGAUGCCAGGUCUCGGUCCUGGAGCGAGCUCCUCGAGGGACUAG